GCUUACUUCCGGGUUUGUUUGUCGUGAGGGGGUGAUCACAGACCACCUAAGCAGGUCGUCUGUCUUUCCACGCGUCAGCUUUCAAGGAUCACCCGAAAAUGCCUGGAAUCUUGCUGGGUGACGAGUUCCCCAAUUUCGAGGCCGACACUACCAUCGGCCGGAUUAAGUUUCACGAUUUUUUGGGCAAAUCAUGGGGUAUCCUGUUCUCCCACCCGAAGGACUUCACCCCCGUGUGCACCACUGAGCUGGCGUGCGCCGCCAGCCUCAGCGACAAGUUCACCAAGCGCGGUGUCAAGAUGAUUGCCCUAUCUGUCGACAGUGUGGCGGAUCACCGCGGAUGGAGCAAGGAUGUGAUGGGCUUCAACAGUCAGGCUUCAAAUCCUUUGCCCUUCCCCAUCAUUGCUGACGAAAAGAGGGAGCUGGCCAACAAGUUGGGAAUGCUGGACCCCGAUGAGAUCGACGGCGACGGCAUCCCGCUCACCGCUCGCUGUGUGUUUGUGAUCGGACCCGACAAGCGGCUGAAGCUGUCCAUCCUCUACCCGGCCACCACGGGGAGGAACUUUGACGAGCUGCUGCGCGUUAUUGACUCACUGCAGCUGACAGCGCAGAAGAAGGUGGCCACGCCUGUGGACUGGAAGCCUGGAGACAAAGUCAUGGUACUUCCCAACGUCUCCGAUGCCGAAGCGGCCUCUCUUUUCCCCAAUGGCGUCACUGUUAAAGAGGUUCCAUCUGGGAAAAAAUACCUGCGCUACACUCAGCUCUGAAGACCUUCAGCGAAUCACAAUGGAAAUAUAAAAAAUAAAAAAUAGUACACCGCAACAAUACACAAGAAUUUGUGCCUUCUGUAUCAUCCCAUAAUAAACAACAAACUUUGCACUUAAAUUCAAAAUGUUUUUUUUUCCCCCCCAAACGUUUGUCUGUUAUUCCGUCUCUGCGCCACUAAGUGUCGCUGUUGCCUUAUAUAGAAAAUACGGCAGACUUGCACUACUACAUGUCACCAAUAGAUGUCGCUAAAGGCACGCUGUAGUGUGGUGACUGAUUUUUCUUCUCCCAAAUUAGUGAGUUCGUUUUGAUUGUAAAAACACCACUUUUAAUAAACAUUUUAAAUGUUAAA